AAUCGACCGUACCACCCCCAUAGGCGGCGCGCCGCCUCAUCGGGACCCCCAACGUUAGGAAGAAGCCGGCUCCAAGAGCCGAGACAUAUUGAAAAAACAUUUUUCAUUAAAUACUGUUUCAGUUCAGGAUAUUAAAUGGUGUAACAGAAUGAGACAGCUUUCUGCUAGGGAAAGGGCACGACCGAUCUUGGUGAAGUUCCAUGAUUUUAGUUUCCGCAAUAAGAUCUGGUUCAGUAAGUCUCAAUUAAAACGGACUGGGAUAACGGUGUCUGAAUUUCUUACGAAACAACGGCAUGACGUUUUCAUGGCAGCACGGGAUAAAUUUGGAGUAACGAACUCGUGGACAAACGAAGGCACGGUUUAUGUUCUCGGCUCAGAUGGCAAAAGACAUCAAGUGUACUGCCGUAGACAACUGAUGGUAAUUGAUAAACACACCGUGGAGACUGUUCCUGUACAAACUGCCGCGAGACCAAACACGGCGUCUGUUGCACCAAAACUUAAGCGUGCUGCCGCCCGUAAAUGAAGAUUCAAUUUUAUUCUGCAUUUUUAUUUUAUUUCUGCUACUAUUACUUUCAUCUUCAGGUCGAAUUCAUAUUUGUUUCUGGUAGUUUAAGGUUUAUACAUGAGUAUUUCUGCUGAAUAAGGCGGAUUAAGCGAAUAGUUUCAAUCUGCUUAGUUGUUGUGUUAUUACUCAGUUGAUACAUUUACUUUGUAUUCUGCAUUGUUAAGGAUCUCUAAAUCCCCCACCAAACAAGUUUUUAUUCUCGCCCACCACCGAGCUUCACUUCAUUAAGCGAUCGCGAACGCAUAUACAUCUUUAACGAUUACAUACAUUAUCUAAUACAAUAUUCAACAUCAUUAUUAUUUGUUCUUCAGUUUUUAUCUUUUAAUAAACUUGUAAAUACGAGCCAAAUCGUUUCAUUGAAGAGUACAACAAGAC